AAAACGCGUUUCGUCUCUUAGAGUUCUUUUAUGUGCUUUCUUUUAGUUCUCUUCAUUCUUCUGGUGUUUGCUUGUUACUGUCGCAAUCGGAUCUGCGCUUGUCUUUCACACUCAGACAUUCUAUCUUCUGAUCAGCUGGAGUUCGCUUUUGGAAAGUUCGAAGUUUUGAGAACCAUUGAGUUCAGAAAUUGAUGUUUGGAUGCUAUUAGUGACUUGGUGUUGUGAUCUGUUUAGCUUUAGUAUGCUUUUGAGGUACAUAGUUGGGUAAUUUGAAGGUCUUGGGCCUCUGGAGUGGUGUGGUAGUUAUGGGGUCUACAGAAGGGAGCCGUAAUCAUCAUAAUCUGGUGCCUCUUGCUGCAUUGAUCAGCAGAGAGCUGAAGAAUGAGAAGAUGGAAAAGCCUACUGUGAGAUAUGGGCAUGCGGCUCAAUCCAGGAAAGGGGAGGAUUAUUUCCUGAUCAAGACUGAUGGUCAGCGAGUGCCUGGAAAUUCUUCAUCAACGUUUUCUGCAUUUGCGAUCUUUGACGGGCACAAUGGAAACGCAGCAGCCAUAUAUACAAAGGAGAACUUGCUGAAUCAUGUGUUGAGUGCUAUUCCAAGGGGGCUAGGAAGGGAGGAGUGGCUCCAAGCCUUACCUCGGGCCUUGGUUGCAGGGUUUGUGAAGGCUGAUAAGGAUUUCCAAAGUAGAGGAGAAACUUCUGGAACAACAGCUACUGUUGUAAUAGUUGAUGGAUGGACUGUGACAGUAGCAUCAGUGGGAGAUUCCCGUUGUAUCUUAGAUACUCAGGGUGGUGCGGUUUCCACUUUAACCGUUGAUCAUAGACUUGAAGAGAAUGUUGAAGAGAGGGAGCGUGUUGCUGCAAGUGGCGGGGAAGUAGGGAGGUUAAGCAUUGUUGGUGGUGCGGAAAUUGGUCCUCUUCGUUGUUGGCCAGGUGGUUUAUGCCUUUCUCGGUCGAUUGGAGACAUGGAUGUUGGGGAGUUUAUAGUUCCAAUACCAUAUGUGAAACAAGUCAAGCUAUCAAAUAGAGGAGGGAGGCUUAUAAUUGCUUCUGAUGGCAUCUGGGAUGCCCUAUCCUCAGAAGAGGCAGCAAAGUCGUGCCGUGGGUUGCCUGCUGAACUUGCUGCUAGACAAGUAGUGAAGGAAGCUUUAAGGUCAAGGGGUUUAAAGGAUGAUACAACCUGUAUAGUUGUUGACAUAAUCCCUCCUGAUAACUCGGUACAGCCUCCAACUCCCCCAAAGAAGCAGAACAAGCUCAGGGCCCUGUUAUUCAGGAAGAAGUCACGUGAUUCUGCUCAUAAACUAUCCAAGAAACUAUCAGCCGUGGGUAUUGUGGAAGAACUCUUUGAAGAAGGCUCUGCCAUGCUUGCUGAAAGGCUGGGCAGUGAUGAGUGUACGGCACAAUCAACAACAUCUGGGUUGUUUAUGUGUGCUGUAUGCCAAGUUGACCUUGCACCGAGUGAGGGCAUAUCUGUUCAUGCUGGUUCCAUCUUCUCCAUGAGUUCAAAGCCUUGGCAGGGGCCUUUCCUCUGUUCAGAUUGUCGUAAUAAGAAGGAUGCCAUGGAAGGAAAACGCCCUAGCGGAGUAAGAGUAGUGUAACUUCUUUAUUGUUCAUCCCUAUUCUUUAAACCCUUCAUUCAAUUUUUUUGUAACCCAUUUUCUUAGGCCAGGCAUUGUUUGAAUCUUUUGUUAGAGUGAUGGAUGAAAUGUAUAUGUAAAUUUGAUAAAUAAUGUAAAAUGAGUCUUAGGAAUUGAAGAAGAUCUGGUACUUAAAG